AUGGCCGCCAAUGGGAUCUCUCCACCAUGCUUGACCGAAUUCAGUACACCCGAUUACUUGAAUCGAAGCACUAACAAUGGUUCGCUGGCUGCGCAGCAUUCUGCAGUCCCUGCAUUUUCCCUUCUGAAUGUUAAAAAUGACAUCGAGUUGAGCCAAUUGCGAGAAAAAGCCGCAGAUGUAUGCCAUGCCAAGCCCGAGGAUGUACAAGAUAUUUACCCUUGCACAGUGGUGCAGGAGAGUCUUUUUGCCCUCUCUGUGAAGAGCCCCCAUAUGUAUGUCGCCCGGUAUCUCUAUAAGCUUCCGCAAGAUAUCGACCUGGACCGGUUCUAUGCUGCUUUCCAAACGGCCAUUGAGGCCCAUACCAUCUUGCGCACCCGUGUGAUCCAGAUUGAGACUGGCGAAGCCCUGCAGGUAGUGAUCCGACAGGGGAUCGACUGCCCUUAUUGGGAGAAUCUGAGAGAUUACCUUGAUCAAGACCUCCAAAAGACCACUGAGCUCAGCGCGCCUCUUGUGCGGGCUGGCGUUGCGAAGCAUGAAGAUGGCGAUUACUAUUUCGUUUUUACCUUACAUCAUGCUACAUAUGAUGACUGGGCUCUUGCGUUAUUCAUGAAGCAUAUUGAGAGCGCGUAUCAUGAUAUCGCCCUUCCUUCUCAGCCCUUCUCGCGCUUUACCCAGUAUUGUCUCGAGUCAGGCUCAGAGAUAGCGAAGGAGUUCUGGCGAGAAGAGCUGACUGAGAAGAAGAUGGCACCUACAACCUUUCCUGUUCUGCCCUCGGACACUUAUAGUCCUGCUGCCACCAAGUCUUUGAUCCAAAAUACUGAUUUUGAGGUCCAACUUGAUUUUGAUCAUGCCUCGAGUGUCAUUGAAUUGGCCUGGGCUGUUAUGAUGGCUCAGUACACUGACUCCGACGAGGUUGUGUUUGGUGUGACAGACACCGGAAAACGUGCUCAAAUGCCAGAUAUGGCAUUGAUGAGUGGUCCAACAAUAGCGACAUUCCCCUUGCAAAUACGAGUCCAGUGGGGGCAGAGUAUCCGGGAGGCUCGAGAGAACCUUCAUAAUCGACGAACUCAGAUCGUUCCCUUUGAGCAGCUAGGCCUACACAAUAUCAGUCGACUAUCAGCGGAUGCAGCUGCAAUUUGUAGAUUCCAGAGUCUUCUUGUUUUGCAACCACCUCGACGCGAUGACUAUGAACUGUUCAAUGAAGUGACAAGUGAAUUCCAGCUUGAAAACCACGCCACAUUCGGCACCUACCCGAUAACCUUGGUUAUUGAACCUGGACCGACCUCCGUUAGUGUUCAGGCCGUGUACGACGAUAAGAUCGUCCCAGAGGCUCAGAUGCAACGGAUCCUGCAGCAACAUGCGCAUCUGAUGAAAUGGAUCAGCCAACAUCCAGACCUUUCUGUUCGGGAUAUCCCGGCCCUGUGCCCAGAGGAUCACAAGCAGCUCCAGCAAUGGAACCUUCAAUCUGCUCCUCAAGAAACCUUCUGUAUUCACGAUUUGAUUUCUCAACGCUGUUCGUCUCAGCCAGAAGCUCCAGCUGUAUGUGCCUGGGAUGGCGAGUUCUCAUACCGGGAGCUAGAUUCUAUUUCGACAACCUUUGCGGCCCACUUGCAACGAAAAGGACAUAUCCAGCCUGAUGUGAUAGUUCCCUUGUAUUUUGAAAAAUCUCGGUGGACUGCCAUUGCCAUUCUGGCCGUGAUCAAAGCCGGAGGGGCUUUUGUUCUGCUGGAUCCCUCGACUCCCUUCAAACGACUACAAGGCAUCUGCGAAGAUACCAAUGCUCCCUUUGUGAUUGCUCCACCAGGACUGGCCAGCAGGGCCGAAGAGCUUAUUGGAAAGGUUGUCAUGCUGGAUGACAAGGCAAUUGUCUAUAAUUUAGCGGAUUAUGCCCCCUCGCCUGUUCGGCCGAACAACAUUCUUUAUAUUGUCUUCACUUCCGGGUCCACGGGGAAGCCAAAGGGUGUCGUUAUCGAGCAUGGUGCCUUCUGUGCCAGUGCGCUGGCCUAUACCAGCACUGCUAAAAUGUCUCCGGAGACCAGGGCAUUGCAGUUUGCCUCAUACGCCUUCGACGUCAGUGUCACCGAUCAUCUGGCUACUCUUCUCGCGGGCGGAUGCAUUUGUAUUCCAUCCCCCGAGGAUCGGAUGAAUCGAAUUGCCGACAUUGUGUCCGAAUUUCAGAUCAACUAUGCAGAUUUCACGCCUUCUUUUCUUCGAUCCCUUUCUCCAGAGGAUUUCCCCACUCUUAAAACCAUCAUCCUUGGAGGAGAAGCAAUGUCGAGAACGGAUAUCGAAACUUGGUGUUCCCGUGUCCGCUUGCUCAAUAUCUACGGACCAGCAGAGUGCUGUGUCUUGUCAACAAUUCAACCAGACGUUGCUACCCAGCAAGAUCCCUUGGAUAUUGGCUCUGCCACUGGUGGUGUCUGCUGGAUUGUAGACAAAUCGGAUCAUACCAGAUUGGUGCCGAUCGGUGGUGUGGGUGAGCUGCUUGUUGGCGGUCCAAUUGUUGGUCGGGGGUAUCUGAAUGAUCCGGAGAAGACAGCCCAGGCCUUUGUCCCGCAACCUGCCUGGCUGGGAGAGGGAGAGGCCUCUGGUCGCGUAUACAAGACAGGCGAUCUUGUCCAGUAUACCUCCAGCGGAUCUAUACGUUUCUUGGGCAGGAAAGACAUGCAGGUGAAGCUGCGGGGACAACGAAUUGAACUGGGCGAAGUUGAAUAUUACCUCCGCCAGUGCUUCCCAUCUGCGUUGGAGAUUGUGGCGGAGGUCGUGAAGCCCCGAGUGCAAAACACCGCCAUUUUGACCGCAUUUGUUCUUAAGCCAUCAUCUCAAUUCCCCCAGGAAGAUCCUCUUAUGCUUCCGGAUGAGGUGUUCCAGGCCGAACAAGCACAGGCAGAGUUGCAACUACGAGAUCAGCUGCCCAGCUAUAUGAUCCCCUCUGUCUUCAUUCGCCUGUCACAGCUACCUCUGACCGCCACGGGCAAAACAAAUCGAAAGUUGCUGCGUGAACGCCUAUCGGAUCUUUCUCCUGCUGAAUUCGAGCAGUAUACGUCUCUAGGAACCGAAAAACGCCGUCCGGCCAAUGAUCAGGAACACUUGGUUCAUAUGCUAGUUACGCGGCAAUUGGGACUCUCAUCAGAGUCAGUUGGCAUGCAGGAUUCUCUAUUUCGAAUUGGAGGAGAUUCAAUCACAGCGAUUAAACUGACCAGUAUUAUGGGAAGUCAUGGAUGGAAGCUUACUGUAGCUGACAUCUUUAGCAAUCCUAGACUCGAAGAUAUGGCGCGCGUGAUGAAGCAAAAGGCCAACACCUCACUUGAUUCAAUUCAGCCUUUCUCUCUUAUUGGUAAGGGAGUUUCAGUUGAUGGGCAGGUUGAGGCGGCCGGCACACAGGACAAAGUGCCCCCACCUAUCAAAGAGUCCCUGUCUGAGUUUGGCAUUACGUCUCUUGAUAAUGUUGAAGAUAUCUACCCUUCUCGUGGUUUCCAAGGAUUUAACCUGUCCAGAUAUGAUCGUGAGAUUGGAUACAAUCAUGUGUGUGUGAUCUUUGAAUUACAGCCAGUCGAUGAUUCCGAGCCAAUUGAUCCAGUUCGCGUCCAAAAGGCAUGGGGCCAAUUGGUGGCCCGCCAUCCUAUGAUGCGAACGGUUUAUGUUCCGGAUCUAUCCUCUCUCUGGGGCUAUGUUCUGGUGGUCCUUAAGCAGGCGGUGCCUAAUUUCGAGAUCAUUCAAUCGUCUGACUCUCAGGUCCUUGCUACGCUUCGACAGCAUGUAGCCAAAGAUUACCCGAGUGAUAAAAGUCUCCCGCAUCGUCUGACACUGACUCAGACUGAAUCUGGAAAAGUCUUUGCCUUGCUUGAAAUGCACCAUGGUUUCGUCGAUGGUUUGACGAUGCCCAUCAUUGAAGCAGACAUGAGAGCCUUGUACAGCGAGAGCCAGCUACCGGCAAUCCCCCUGUAUCGGGACUUCAUUGCAACAGCAUUACAGGGCUCAAAGUCCGUCAAUAGGAGUUACUGGACCGAGUAUCUGAAGGAUGCUCCCAAGUCUGUUUAUCUGCCUGAUUCCUCAAUGACUGGCUACCCUGGUAAAGCUCGAGAAAUUGAGAUUCCACUGGCUUCAUUAGAGUCUAUCAAAGACUUUGCUAGAUCUCAAUCAUCCACAACACCUACUCUCUUCCGAGCACUGUGGGCCGUUGUUCUCCGGAUACUUGUCAAUUCCCAGGACGUGACUUUUUACUACAUAUCCUCAGCUCGGUACUCAUCCGGAAUUGAGACAAAGAACAUGAUAGGAUCACACAUCGAGAUGCUCAUGGCCCGUUUGCGUGCAGCAGAACAUGUGUCUUUCGCAGAGAUGCUUAGCAUUGCCCAAGAAGACUACUCUCAAUCCAUGCCCCACCAAUUUGCAUCCAUCGACACGGUCGAGGAGCUCGGCCUAUGGAACCACUUCAACACUGUGUACAACUAUCGCCUUUGUACCAGCAAUAAUCAGUCGACGGAAAAUGAAAGCGCGUUUCAUUGGAAACAACAUGAGGUGAUAUCUGACUCGCCGUGUGAUCUCAAGUUCGCCAUCAAUGAAUUUGACGAUGCAAUGACUGGCACCCUUAGUUAUUGGGACCGGACAAUCACUCCGGAAAGCAUGGAAAGGGUCGGGCAUCUCGUAAAGCACUGUCUGUCGCUUGUUCUGGCAGACCCGAGCAUUACAAUCUCUCAGGUCGCUGCUGAGACGAAGGGGUGGGAUGUAGCCAAGUAG